CACGCGAGUAGGAAGUGUUUAGUCGAAGUGGAGAUGGCCGCGCUUGCCCCGCUGCCUCCUCUCCCCCCGCAGUUUAAGAGCAUACAGCAUCAUCUGAGGACGGCUCAGGAGCAUGACAAGCGGGACCCUGUUGUGGCCUAUUACUGUCGUUUAUAUGCAAUGCAAACUGGAAUGAAGAUUGAUAGUAAAACUCCUGAAUGUCGUAAAUUUUUAUCAAAGCUAAUGGAUCAGUUAGAAGCUCUUAAGAAACAGUUGGGUGAUAAUGAAGCUGUUAGUCAAGAAAUAGUUGGCUGCGCCCAUUUGGAGAAUUAUGCUUUGAAAAUGUUUUUGUAUGCAGACAAUGAAGAUCGAGCCGCACGGUUUCACAAAAACAUGAUCAAGUCCUUCUAUACUGCAAGUCUUUUAAUAGAUGUCUUAACAGUGUUUGGAGAACUCACUGAUGAAAAUAUGAAACACAGAAAGUAUGCAAGGUGGAAGGCAACAUAUAUCCAUAAUUGUUUAAAGAAUGGAGAGACUCCUCAAGCAGGGCCUGUUGGAAUUGAGGAAGACAAUGAUGUUGAAGACAGUGAAGACGUUGGAGCAGCCUCUCUGCCCGCUCAGCCACCUCCGCCGUCAUCUGCAGCUUAUGACCCCAGCAGCAUGCCGCCGAGCGGCUACACCGGAGUCCAGAUCCCUCCCGGGGCCCACGCCCCAGCGAACACGCCGGCAGAAGUGCCCCACAGCGCAGGUGUAACAACAAAUACCAUCCAGCCUACUCCACAGACUAUUCCGGCCAUUGAUCCUUCACUUUUCAGUACAGUCUCCCAGGGGGAUAUCCGUCUUACACCAGAGGACUUUGCUAGAGCUCAGAAAUACUGCAAAUAUGCUGGCAGCGCUUUGCAGUAUGAAGACGUCAGCACUGCUGUGCAGAAUCUACAGAAAGCCCUCAAGUUACUGACUACGGGCAGAGAAUAAAGCCUUCGUGCAGCAGAUCCACGCGUUUGGCCUAAAGAACUAACGUCCAUUACUCUGUACCUUCAGCCUUCCAGGAGCACAGGCACAGUCUUAAGGGAGACUUCAGUUCCAUUGACUGCAACAGUGAAAUCUGUGUCUACGUCUCAGAUUCCUGUGAAGCAUUCAUCAGCAGCCUCAGCCAGUCUCAUUGCCCUCUCAGUGGAUCCAGCAGUCUCUGGGUGUACAGGGCUGAUGUUAGUGAGACCCUGAAAAUGCCCAUUGAACCCUGCUUGAGAAAAUGGAAAUACAGUUCUGUAGACUGUAUUAGGAAUGAACUUUGUGUCUUAAUUUACAUAAAUUAAGGAAUAUUUUAAUCUAUAAUUUGGACAGACAGAUUACUUUGCUAUAAAAUUCUAAAUUUAACUUUUAAUAAAGGUUGUCAGAAUAUUCUAGAUGAGACAUGUUUUUUGUUUUCCUCACAAAUUAUAAAACAAGUAUGAACAUCCUAAACUGUUAGAUGAAUCUGAAAGAGAUUAUGUUCAAAAUUCAAUUUAUAUUCAUGUUAAAUAUUACUACAUUAAAAAGUUUAAAUUUUUAUGGAAAGAAGUAAGGUAAAGAGGUAGAAUCACUUUUAGACUUAAGAAUAAUGUCAGUUUCCCACCUGCUUUCCCUUACCCAUUGAAGCUUAAGAUGGACUGGUGUUUGCUCCCUAGGCAGUUUGACUGCAUGUUAGAGAAUGAGAAAACACUUUAGUAAUUAAUGCCUGGAAACUUGGUGCUUUAAGUUAAGAUUCUCCUCUGCUGCUAUGGAAUGGAAUCUCUAGAGUGUAUAGCUAUGAAGGAUGCAGAAGACUAAGAAAUUAGAUUCUCAGUUGUCACAUUUAUAAGUUUUGUUACCUGCAUUUGUGCUGUAUAAAAAAAUAAAUGCAAGGAUUCUUUUGACUAGUUCAGCUUACUACAGAGCCAAAUGUCUGUUUUGAUUUGCAUGCUCGAAUUGUCAUAUUUUUAAGUCAUUACUUUUAGUUACAGGAAUAUAAUAUUUCUGUAGUAAGACACAAUUAUCAUUAUGAGAGAGAUAAAUUUGGCAAAUUGACCUGUAAUUUAUCUGGUUCAUUUCAUUUAUUCCACAAAGAUCGAAGUACUUUAACCUAUGGGUCAGCAAACUACGGUCCAUGGACUGGCCAUCUGUUGUGUAAAUAAAGUUCUGUUGCCUCAAAACUAUA